AUAAUCAUUUAUAUUUAUAUUCGUUCUGAAUUGGGGGAGAUGAGAAUCAAAAUAAUAUCUCCCUCCCCAGCAACUCAUACUAAUCGGCGCGUUUCGACGGUUCGACCCUCUAAAGCUCUGAAAUUUCGCCCAAAUCCCACCACUACUCUGAAAGCCCUAAUCGGCGCUCUUCAAUCUUUGCUACCGGUGACUGGUGAUUCGGUGUUCCACUACCAGUCCGCUGCUUCUCAGACGUAGAUACAGGCAACGAAGACACUUGCAGUGUUCUUUCUCCGGAAAUCCCCGGAUUGUGUUAUUAUUGAAUUCACUCUGUGAUGGAAACCUCUGUUGAAGAAGAGUUGUCUGCAUUUGAAGCGAAAGUGAAACGGACCGUGUAUAUUGACAACCUCUCACCACUGGUUAAUGAAUCAGUCCUUAGGUCUGCCUUUGGUCAGUUUGGGAAUGUCACGGGUGUUCAGUUUAUUCCCAAUUACUUGGAACCAAAUGAAACCUCAAAAGCUGCUUUGAUUGAGAUGGAAAAUGCUAGGCAGGCCGAAGGGAUAAUAUCUGACAUCUCUAAUUCCCCUUUUAUGGUAUCCGGGAUGCCAAGACCUGUAAGGGCACUCCCUUCAGAAGCUUUGAUGUUUGAUGAGCGCCCGAGAAGACCGGGAAGGAAAAUACACUGCCGUUGGUUGGAAUCCGAUGAUCCUAAAUAUAAGGUGGCCGAGAAGCUUGUACACUUGACCAGGAGACAUGCUGCAGAGGCCUCUUUCCUCCGAACGUGUCAAGAGCAAGAGGAUAAAGAGCUUGCAAUCCAGCAAGCAGAGGCAUUGAAGUCCAACUACAAGAAGUAUGAGCUGAUUGACAAUGUUUUUUCUGACAAAACCGUUCAUAAGCUUGGAGAUCGAUAUCAUGUCCGUGUCUCAGAUGCUUGAAGACUUGUUCCCAUCCCAAUCUGCAAGCUUGGUCAUCUUAUUCAAAUGAUGUUUUUGUUCGUGCGAGCGCAUGUAUUUAGUGAUCUUUUGUCGUGAUCAUAUUUUGGUUGCAUGCUCUUUGUAGUUACUACGCAGUAUCCUUUUUUUACUACAACUAGUAUAGUACCCGUGCAUACGCACGGGUCAAGAACUGUUGUGCAUAUAUUUGUAUUCAAGAUUUAAUUAGAAACAAAUAAAAAUUACAUUUUAAAUUUUAAUAUUAUUCCAAAAGGUGAUUGUAUAAUGAGUACCAUAAAAUAUAAGAAAAAUAUUUAAAC